AUGGUGGAGAUUGAGGCGUCGGCGUCGGCGUCGGCGUCGCGGCGCGUGUCUCGCGACGACGCGAAGGAUUCGUAUCCGGCAGUGGUCGUCGCGAGGGAGAGACCGCGCGAUACACGACGAGUGGAGGAGCUAGAAACUGAACUUAAAAAGUUACAGGCGAAGAGCGAGCGGCAGACGAAGAAGAUCAACGCGCUCAAGGAGGAGCUCGCGACGGAACGAAGGGCGCGCUCGAACGAGUUGCAGACGGUGCGCGCAAAACACGAGCGCGAAAUGCGCGAUCUGGUCGCGUCGGUGAGCGGGGUGCAGAAAUCAAAUGUUCAACGGCGACGUCGGGUGAGUUCGAACGAGUAUCCGCCGCCGCCUUCGAGGAUAGUAUCGGGCGCGGACGAGUUUGAUGCGUUCAUCGCCGGCUUCGCGGCCGAAACAGACAGACUGAGGAAAACGCUCGAGCACAAGAGGUUUUUAGCGUAG